AUGAAACGAAACUAUCAUCGUCUGCCAGAAACGGGUAGGAAACGACCAUCAAAUGUUAUGCCCAUUUUUAUUGUUGCAAAACAACAGAACGGUCGCCGUAUGAGCACAUUUAUGAAUGCUCAACGUCGAUCAUCUAUGAUGUCGCAAAUAUCUUCACUACACGGUGCUGAAUAUCAUCCACAACAAAGACUGCCACCGAAUGGACUCGAGUCUCAACAAAACAUUUUACUGACGAAUAAUAUAACAACAAUUCAGGAGAAGCCUGAACAGAUUUAUAUAAAUCAAAAAAAAGAACGAAAACCAUCACAAUAUCGUUUCUUAUCUAGACUUUGUUGUAUUGUCGCCAAUGAAAGUCAAUAUGCUCAAGAUUUCAAACAUAUCUGA